AUGAGGAGUGGCAGGUUUAGUGUGCAGUGUGGGGGUCUGCUCCUCGUCCUCCUGUCCUGCUGUCUGCUGAGUGUUCACUCUCAGGUGGAUCCACAGCAGCACCCGCCGGUCGUAGCCAGUGCAGCUCAGGUAUCCGGCCACGGUCACGGUCGCCUGGACAAAAACAUGAUCCAGGACAAAGACCACAUCAUGGAGCAUUUAGAGGGAGUGAUAGACCAGCCAGAGAAAGAAAUGUCACCACAGGAGCUCCAGCUGCACUAUUUCAAGAUGCAUGAUUACGAUGGCAACAACCUGCUGGAUGGGCUGGAGCUAGCCACAGCGAUCACACAUGUACACAGAGAGGAGAGAGGAGAGAACAGCACGCCUAUGAAAGAGGAGGACCUUAUCAUUCUCAUUGAUGACGUUCUGAGGGACGAUGACAAAAACAAUGACGGUUAUAUAGAUUAUGCAGAGUUUGCCAAAUCACUGGAGUAAGAUGUCACCUAAGCACUGUCAUCUGUCAUGUCCACAACAACAACAACAACAACAAGGAAUCUGCAGAGAAGAGAAGGUGAACUGAGAAGCCGCCAAGCUGUCUAGAAAACCAUAAUUUAAUCUUUGCUUUCUCUCUCGCAGGCGGUCAAUCAGGGUUACUGGGAAUUUAUGAAGUUUGGGAAAUUUUAGUACUUUCUAAGCUUGUGAUGCAUCUUUUUUCUCAUGUGAUGUCCAAGCUGGUAGCAGAAAAACUGGUUAUAUCAGUAAUUUAAUAAGCAAUAAAACAGGAGGAAAACAAAACGGCCUGUUUUUUAGUUGGACUCUGGUGUGUGCUGACACUUGGAGUGGCAUUUCUACACCUUCUGCUUUUGUAGGUUCCUUGAAAUCAUGCCUUUUUUUAUUUUAAAGGGUCAGUUUACCAAAUAUCACUAAGAAACACAGUGAGAAUGUAUGUUUUUUUUUGUAAUUUUGGGUGAAUUGGCCCUUUUACUAUGUACAGGAGCUCUGUAGUUCUUCUUUUAGUGGUGCUACACUUCAUUCACUCUGGUGGCCCACGAGCAUCUAAACAGGAUGUCAUCCACAGUUUCCAUGUGAAACUGGUUUCACCCUGUGCGGCGUGCACACUGGACUCAAGCAGACACACACUCAUUAUUAAUAACACACUGUCGCUGUGUGAUACUCAACGUGGUGGACCAAAUGAUUCCUUCUGUGAAUCCAUUUCAUUUGUGAUGAGGAUGAGGCGAACGGGUCGUUCUCAUGACUUUGGCAAAGUGGCCUUGACUUGCUCAGAUUGUGCAGUAGCCUGAUGUAGUGUGUGUGUGUGUGUGUGUGUGUGUGUGUGUGUGUGUGUGUGUGUGUGUGUGUGUGUGUGUGUGUGUGUGUGUGUGUGUGUGUGUGUGUGUGUGUGUGUGUGUGUGUGUGUGUAUGUAUGUGUGUGUGUGUAGAGAGAGUAGUAAACCUUGCUGAACUGAUGAGUUUAUUUUUGAGGUCACAGGCAGAACAACACAAUAUUGAAUGUUACAGCGGAGACUC